GGAGGAUAUUAGAAUUUAGGACAGUUUCGUUAAUCAUGAAGCAGUUAUGAACGACUCGGCGACGAGUUGAACGAUGAUCAUCGCUUUAUCAAUUCCAUAAACCUCAGUAGAACAGAGAACUUUCGAGACUGUUGCGAGAGAGAGAUUCGAAAUACACAAACGGAGAACGAAGAUCUGUCUGUUCAUUGGGUUCUUGCUCGAAUCGAAGCCCUAAUUUCGUCAAAUUCUCGCUUUCCAAUUUCGUUGGAUCCGACCGAUUACAUAGAUAGAGAUAUGGUUGAUGUAGCCGACAAAUUAUCUUAUUUUCAAGCAAUCACAGGCCUCGAAGACCCAGAUUUGUGCACGGAGAUCCUCGCCGCUCAUGGCUGGGACCUUGAACGGGCGAUCUCCAGUUUCACAGCCUCGAACUCCGAGCAAACCUCGAGCCCCGACGCCGGCGGAACUUCCGGCGCCCCAGACGCCAGCGGCGGCGCGUCCAAUUUAGAUUCGCAGGGUCUAGUCGCUGGCGGCGCUGCGCCUCCCGGUUUGGCGUGGAAGCUCAUUACGCUGCCGUUUUCCAUUAUUUCUGGUAGUCUAGGGUUGAUUUCCGGCGCGAUUGGGCUGGGUAUGUGGGCCGCCGGUGGCGUUCUUUCAUAUUCCCUCGGCGUGAUUGGCCUGAACCGAGGUGGCGAGUCCUCGUCUCCGUUGGUUUCGUUAUCGGCCGCUGCGUCGGAGGCGACGCGUUUCGUGGACGAUUUUGAGAGGGGUUACGGUUCGACUCGUCCGAAUUUUGUAGCCGAAGGGUUUAUGGACGCUUUGCAGCGGUCUCGGCACGCCUUUAAGCUACUGUUCGUUUACUUGCAUUCGCCUGAUCAUCCGGACACGCCUUCUUUUUGCGAGAGGACUCUGUGUUCCGAAGCCUUAACGGCCUUUAUCAAUGAGAAUUUCGUUCCCUGGGGAGGAAGUAUUCGGGCCAGCGAGGGUUUCAAAAUGAGUAACAGCUUGAAGGCUUCGCGGUUUCCAUUCUGUGCUGUGGUUAUGGCUGCAACAAAUCAGAGGAUUGCCUUACUUCAGCAGAUUGAGGGGCCCAAAUCUCCGGAGGAGAUGCUGACAAUAUUGCAGAGAGUUGCUGAAGAAAGUGCUCCUGUUCUUGUAGCUGCAAGACUUGAUGCAGAAGAAAGAAGAACCAACGUGCGCCUGAGGGAGGAACAGGAUGCUGCUUAUCGAGCAGCACUUGAAGCUGAUCAAGCCAGGGAAAGGCAGAGGAAAGAAGAGCAAGAACGGCUAGCAAGGGAAGCUGCAGAAGCUGAGAGGAAACGGAAGGAAGAAGAAGAAGCACGUGAAAGGGCAGCCCGUGAAGCUGCUGAGAGAGAAGCUGCAUUAGCUAGAGCACGGAAAGAGAAAGCCCAGUCACUUGGAGAAGAGCCCGAGAAAGGACCUGAUGUGACUCAAGUUUUGGUGCGGUUCCCUAACGGAGAGCGCAAAGGGAGGAGAUUUCACAAUGCUGCAACAAUCCAGUCUCUAUACGAUUAUGUUGAUUCUUUGGGUUGCCUUGAAGUUGAAAGUUACAGCCUCGUCUCCAACUUUCCCCGCGUUGUGUAUGGGCCAGAGAAGCUGGCUUUGUCCCUGAAAGAAGCCGGAUUGCAUCCACAAGCUAGCCUCUUUGUGGAGACGAACACAUGAGAGAGAUGGAGAUCACAUCUAGUAGACAAACCUGAAUUUGUUCAAGGGUAGGAUAUUUUGCUGUGUCGGCUCCAUUAUAUUUGGGACAUAUAUAAUGUAGCAGAUGAUGCAAUGAGACUCUGAUUGUUGCUUUUGCCUGCAUAUAUAUGUGCAUGUGUUGAUAUUUAUGUUGCAAAAUUCAAGUAAUAUGCCCCACAGGAUGCUGGGUUUCAAUUAAAGUAUGAUGAUGAUGAUCCCCUGAAAGAGAAUUGUUGCUGAUUCUGAUUCUUACUA